AUCUCGCCAUCACUCCAGCCCAGCAGGUGGCAGUAAUACACUUUACCAAAAGAAGAAGAAGUUCGUAGCACAACAACAACAACACUGCUAGCAUCGUUAGCUCGAAGGAAAGCGAGGUUCCUUUUUUCUGCUUAUUUGGUCCACAUUAACAGGUACGCUGGAAUUUUCUGAUACCCACUCGAACAUGUCCUAUGUCUUCAUCAAUGACUCGUCGCAGACCAGCGUGCCUCUGCUGCAGUCCUGCAUUGAUGGCGACCUGCCCUUCGCCAAGAGGCUCCUAGAGACCGGAUGCGACCCCAACAUCCGUGACAACCGUGGCCGCACUGGCCUCCACCUAGCCGCCGCCCGAGGGAACGUGGAAAUCUGCCGCCUCCUGCACAAGUUCGGGGCCGAUCUGUUGGCGACGGAUUAUCAGGGAAAUACGGCGCUGCACCUGUGCGGCCACGUGGAUACAAUACAGUUCCUGGUGUCCAACGGACUAAAGAUCGACAUCUGUAACCACAAUGGAUCGACUCCUCUGGUGCUGGCGAAGCGACGCGGUGUCAACAAGGAUGCCAUUCGCCUGCUGGAGGGACUGGAGGAGCAGGAGGUGAAAGGCUUCAACAGAGGAGCCCACUCCAAACUGGAGACUAUGCAGAUGGCUGACAGUGAGAGUGCGAUGGAGAGCCAUUCCUUACUAAACCCCAACCUGCAGAGCACUGAGGGCGUGCUGUCCAGCUUCAGGACCACCUGGCAGGAGUUUGUGGAGGACCUGGGCUUCUGGAGGGUCCUGCUGCUGCUGGUGGUCAUCGCCCUGCUCUCCCUGGGCAUCGCCUACUAUGUCAGCGGGGUCCUGCCUUUCUCCACCAGCCAGCUGGAGCUGGUGCACUGAGCGAGGGUGGAGAGGAGGCAGUAAAAUAAGUGAAGGUCUGCGUUCAGCUUUGUUUGUAUAAAACAAAAACCCAGAUUUAUUUGUUGCCCACAUCUGAUCCUGUUUAUUAGUGUCUGAACAACAUCGUAUGAUAUUGUUAGUAAUAAGAAGUGAUCUAAAAAAAAACAAGAAAACCUCAAGUUUAAAAAGUACUUUAAAUACAUUGAAGUGAUUAACAUAAGAGGACCAGGACUCAGAGACUCCCACCAACAGCUUUCUGUGGCUUGGUCUCCGUACGACCUAACACCUUUAAAACUUUCUAACAACGCUAACUCACACUUUAAUUUCAUCCCUGUUUGCUCUGUUACAAGCUGUAUAUAGCUCAUGUUUUGUAUCUUUGAUUUUCGUUGUUUUCUCCUCACUUGUUAUUUAUUCAAACGUCUUCUGUAUGAAUUUUCCCUCGCUGCCUUCAUUUUACACAAAUACCUGCAGCGGUCGUUUAGAGAGCGUCUCGCUCUGACUGGAAACGGUUUUGUCGGGAUAACCGAGAGCCGACCGGCAGAAAAACACCUGGACUGUGAGUUUGAGGGGAAACUUCUUGUUUCGCAGCAGCAGCAGGUAUAAACUGUGAGAUUAUGGCAGCAGAUUAAUGCUUCUUACUUUGUUGUACUUUGUUCAUUUUAUCUUUAUGUGCUUUUGUUAAAGGUUUUCAGUUUAUUCCAGCAAACGUUUGAAGUAAUUUAAUGUGCAAAAUGAAUAAAAUUAUGUAUGAAUGACUGUAAUCUUAA